AUGCCACGCCAAAAGCGCAAGACAUUUAGCAGCUCAGAUGCUCGAUCCGAGUUCGCAAACGGCACCGCACCCGCGACCAAGCGUGGCAAACCCGACCUGUCGCGGCCGCAUCCCCACGCGAAGGACACCGAGGAUUUCGGCAUCGUGUUACGAGAAUACUACCCACCGGAGAUGUGCAAUGAGCGGGUGCACGCAUACAAUGAUGGGACAUUAGAGCGACCUAUCGAGGAGCUGCAGCACUCCUACCAAGACACAUUGAACGCGCGCGAAGCCGUCCAGCCUGGUUCGGCGGUUGUACACUGGUUCAAAUCUGACCUGCGACUGCACGAUAACCGCGGCUUGCAGAUGGCGUAUCAAGUGGCGCGCGAGCACAAACUCCCCCUGAUAUGCCUGUACAUCUUGUCUCCUCAGGAUUUGACUGCACAUCUAUCCAGUCCGGCGCGUGUUGACUUCACGUUACGUACGCUGGGCGUUCUGAAGCGAGAUCUGAAUGAGCUGGACAUCCCCCUCUAUAUGGAAACGCAAGAGAAGCGCAAGGACAUCCCCCAGCGUAUUGUGGAUCUGUGCAAGGAUUGGGGCGCGAACCAUCUCUUUGCGAACAUGGAGUACGAGGUCGACGAGCUGCGCCGCGAGGCGAAGUUGGUCCGCAUGUGCGCCGACAACGGUGUGCGAUUCGAGGCCGCCCACGAUGCUUGUGUUGUCACACCUGAAAAGCUUCACAGUCAGCAGGGCAAGCAGUAUGCUGUCUAUAGUCCAUGGUUCCGCGCCUGGUGUGCGUUUCUCAGAGAGAAUCCGGAAUAUCUCGAAGUGGCGGAGGAGCCGGGAUCUAACCCGGGUGAUGCUCGGAAGCAUUUCAAGGAACUGUUUGGUAGCGAGGUCCCCAAUGCGCCGAAGAAUAAGCUUCUUUCCGAGGAAGAAAAAGAACGCUUCCGUCAUUUAUACCCGGAAGGCGAACAUGAAGCCCUGCGUCGGCUCGAGGCUUUCCUGGAAGAAAAAGCGAAGGCUUAUGGUGACCAGCGCAACAGUUUGAGCGGGGAAACCACGUCUGUUCUCAGUCCUUAUCUUUCAUCUGGCUGUCUCAGUGCACGAACGGCUAUAGACCAGGCGCGCAAACUAAACAAAGGCUUCCUCGACCGUAAUCAAUCGGGCUACAUGUCAUGGAUCAGUGAGGUAGCCUGGCGGGACUUUUACAAGCAUGUCCUGGUCAAUUGGCCUUUCAUUUGUAUGAACAAAUGUUUCAAGCCGGAAUUCACAAACCUGGAAUGGGAAUACAACGAAGAACAGUUCGGCGCUUGGAGUCAGGGCAAGACUGGAUUCCCGAUCGUCGAUGCUGCGAUGCGACAGCUGAAUCAUGCUGCAUGGAUGCACAAUCGGGGCCGCAUGGUGGUUUCAUCCUUCCUCUCCAAGGACCUGCUGAUCGAUUGGCGGCGUGGAGAGCGCUAUUUCAUGGAACAUCUAAUAGAUGGCGAUUUUGCCUCUAACCACGGCGGCUGGGGCUUUGGAUCGAGUACUGGUGUCGACCCUCAACCAUACUUCCGGAUAUUCAACCCCAUCCGACAGAGUGAACGGUUUGACCCGGAGGGAGAAUAUAUUCGGAAAUGGGUGCCGGAGCUUCGGGAGGUGGAGGGAAUUGCGAUUCAUGAUCCGUAUGGACGCGGAGCGGGCGAGAUCGCCAAGAAAAACGGAUAUCCGCGACCGAUUGUGGAUCACGCAAAGAGUCGAGAUCGCGCGUUGGCGCGUUAUAAAGCAGCUCAGGGUCAUUGA